UCACUAAUUAAAUAUUGUGGUAGCUAAAUUUUAGUAUAAUAAUAUUGUAAAAUUAUUGAAAGAUUGAAACGAUCUCAGCACAGUCAUACUUAAGACAUAAUUUGUAAUUUGUUGAGGCCUUGUCUGUUAGUUUGUUGUAUUCCAUAUUGAACAAUAUAUUUCUGAAUGGAUAAAUUUAACGACACUAAGAGCUUUGCUUCUUCAAGUAAAAAAAAUUCAAAUGAACAAAGUUUUGAUGCAGAUUCUAUGAUUAACAACAUCAUCUCUCAAGACACAUUUGUUAUCAAUAAAGACCAUCAAUUGUACUCGAAUUUGCCAAAAUGGAUGAUACCAAAAUCUGGUUAUGUACAUCCAUUGUAUGAACAGAUAUGGCAGUAUGUGAAAUCUGAUAGACGUGAUAGAACAUGUGAUACACAUUUAGUUUCACAGUUAUUGAUGACUAGUGGUCUACCCGUUGAUGUACUGGGUGGAUUAUGGUCCAUGGCUAAUGUUGGGGUUGAAGGAUCAUUAUCUCAACAAGAAUUGUACAUAAUUCUGGCUUUAAUUACACUAGUUCAGAAUGGAUAUUCAGUGUCUAAUGUGUCAUUGUUGCAACAUAUUCAUAAACCAAUAAUACCACAAUUGAAUUAUACAAUUAUCGAGAAAAAAUAUAAUAUAUCAACAGUGAAAUCAAAUUUUGAACAUAAACCACAAUUAACAAACAAGGCAAGUUGUAUACAAAAAAUUAAUAAUGAACAUCAAAAUAUUUAUGCCAAAAACUUUGAACAGCCAAAUUGUAAUAUCAUUUCACCCGAAGAAUAUGAUCCUUUAGCAGUAACAUUUAUAGAACCAAAAAAUCAAAUGUCUAAAAUUAUAUCUCCAUUAUCUACUAAUCCUGAACCAAAAUCUUUAGACUUUACUCCUGUAAAUAAUAGCUUCGAGGCAUUUGAUGAUGAGUUUUCAGAUUUUCAAUGUGCUCAGUUUACAACUGACAGUAAAAAUAAUCAAGAAUUUACAGAUUUCCAAUCAGCUUUUGAUACAUUGUCUUUUAAAGAAGGCAGUAAGAUUAAUGAAAAAACUACUGAAGAGUUAAAUGACACGCCAACAAAUAAUGUUUCAAGUUUUUUAGAAAAUCAACAAAAUAUGAUAACUAAUCAAGAUGAUAUUCUUGAUAAAUAUGAAGUAUUUCGGACUUUGGCUGCAGAAACUGAUGAUGUUGAAAAUAUAAUAAACAAGAAUAAUCAAAAUGAUAUUUUGGAAGUAAAGUCUGUUGAAAGUAUUAACGAGAAUGUUCAAAAUGAUGUUUAUGAUGAUGAAUUUGGAGAUUUCUUAUGUGUUGAAGAAGUUUUAAACAAUAAACCUGACAUUGAAAAAGAUUGGAAAAACGUUCAAGUGCAAUGCAUAAAUAAAUGUUUGGAAUUUUUGCAAGAAGGUCUUACUACAUUUUCAAGCAUAUCAGAUGAGAAAGUACUUAUGGAAGUUAUAAAUCAUGAUAAAGGAAUUAAUUACCUGACACAAUUAAAUUUAAUAAGUCAAAUAUGUCAACGAAUACUUAAAAACUGUUAUUGUCCAUCAUUAGAAGAUAGAUUAAAUGAUGUGUUGGCCAAAUUGAAAACAUAUUUCAAUAACUCUACCUAUAAAUCAACUAACAACACAGAGGUUUUAGAUUCCACAAAGGAUUCCAUACCAUGUUACUUAUGCAAAUGCAAUUGCAGUACAGAUUACACUGAAUAUAUGUUAAAUAUCUACCACUCAUCUUGUAUAAAUUUAUUGAUAAAUUUUGUUCAAACUUCUCACCUUUCUGUUAAGUAAUAUUUAUGAUUUUUAUUUUUAUUUACAGCUCUUUUCUACAGACCCCCUUAACUCUAGUAUUAUGUUAUUGAAAUAAUAUUUGUAUU